AUGACGUAUCCACAACGAUUUAGAAGAGAUCUUCCCAUGCCUGUUCUACUGCUUUCCAAAAUUCCUCUUUAUUUUGGGGUCAAAAAUAUCUUGGAUUUAGUUUCUUUACUAUCCCUGCCCAUACAUAUAAGUAUUUUGUAUAGGAUUAAGGUCCGGAAUUCUUGCAAAACUCGGACAAAAGACAAAUACCGCGUCGUCUACACCGACCACCAGCGAGUAGAACUGGAAAAAGAAUUCUACUACAGCAGAUACAUCACCAUCAGGCGAAAAGCAGAACUCGCAAGCAAUCUCGGACUAUCAGAACGCCAGGUAAAAAUCUGGUUUCAAAAUCGCCGUGCUAAGGAGCGCAAACAGGUGAAAAAACGGGAAGAGUUCACCCAAAAAGACAAUUCGAUGACCAUGGGACAUAUGACACAGCAACAGAUCAUCCACAGUAACCCGACGCAAAUCGGACAGAACAUUAUGACGUCGCAGAUCAUGUGA